CGGGAGGAGGAGGAAGCUGCGGCCGCCCGCGGUGGGACGCCGGGGCCGCUUAGCCCUCGGGCGUUGCCGUAGGGCGCUCAGCUUUCUACACUUGUGACAAAACAAGCCAGGAGGAGGGACACACACAGCCCUGGUAAUCGUGGCCCGGCCCUCAUUCUGCGGACAUGGCAAACAAGGGGAACAAGAAACGUCGGCAGUUCUCCCUGGAGGAGAAAAUGAAAGUCGUGGAAGCUGUAGACUCGGGAAAGAGGAAAGGCGAUGUGGCAAAAGAAUUCGGUAUCACUCCUUCCACCUUGUCUACAUUCUUAAAGGACCGCGCCAAGUUUGAAGAGAAGGUCCGGGAGGCAUCCGUAGGACCUCAGCGGAAAAGGAUGAGAAACGCUCUCUAUGACGACAUCGAUAAGGCUGUUUUUGCUUGGUUUCGAGAAAUCCAUGCCAAAAACAUUCUUGUGACUGGUUCUGUCAUUCGGAAAAAAGCACUAAACUUGGCCAACAUGCUUGGCUAUGACAACUUUCAAGCAAGUGUGGGCUGGCUGAACAGAUUUAGGGAUCGCCACGGAAUUGCUUUGAAAGCAGUCUGUAGAGAGGAUAGUGACAGAUUAAUGAAUGGUCUAGGAAUAGAUAAGGUUAACGAGUGGCAUGCAGGGGAAAUUAUAAAACUGAUUGCUGACUACAGCCCAGAUGAUAUCUUUAAUGCUGAUGAGACAGGAGUGUUUUUCCAGUUGCUUCCCCAGCACACGCUUGCUGCUAAAGGGGACCAUUGUAGAGGGGGCAAGAAAGCAAAGCAGCGGUUGACAGCACUCUUUUGUUGCAAUGCUUCGGGGACUGAAAAAAUGAGACCAUUGAUUGUUGGUAGGUCAGCCAACCCACACUGUCUCAAGAAUGUCCAUUCCCUCCCUUGUGAUUACCGAGCCAACCGGUGGGCAUGGAUGACGCAGGACCUGUUUAACGAGUGGCUGAUGCAAGUGGAUGCCAGGAUGAAGCGGGCGGAACGCCGCAUCCUCCUGCUGAUUGACAACUGCUCGGCUCACAACAUGCUGCCACGCUUGGAAAGGAUUCAGGUGGGGUACCUGCCCUCCAACUGUACUGCCGUUCUGCAGCCCCUGAAUCUUGGCAUAAUUCACACCAUGAAAGUGCUAUAUAGAAGCCACCUCCUGAAGCAGAUCCUCCUCAAGCGCCACAGCAGUGAGGAUCAAGAAAAAGUGGACAUGAGGCAGGCCAUUGACAUGAUCGCUGCAGCAUGGUGGUCAGUCAAGCAAUCCACGGUGGUGAGAUGCUGGCAGAAGGCGGGCAUCAUCCCUAUGGAACUGACAGAUUCCGGCCCAGAAGCAGCAGCCAGUGAACCAGAGAUAGCCACUGAAGAGUUGUGGCACUCCGUGGCUAUUGCCACCUGUGUCCCAAAUGAAAUAAAUUUCCAGGACUUUGUCACUGCAGACGAUGACCUUAUCAUCUCUCAAGAUCUGAUGGACACAGAGGUCAUCCAGGGCACGGAGGCUGGUGAAAAUACAGAUGAAGCUGGAAGUGAGGAUGAGGGAGAGGCAUCUUCACCACAGCAGCCAAAAAUCACCAUCACAGAGGCCAUCUCAAGUGUACAGAAACUCAGACAGUUCCUUUCCACUUGUGCAGGUGUUCCUGAUGCCGUUUUUGGACAACUAAAUGGCAUAGAUGAAUAUUUAAUGAGAAAAGUGACACAAACUCUUGUUGACUCCAAAAUUACAGAUUUUCUCCAAACAAAAUAAUGUAGGAAUUAACUGUCCCUUUUAAGUUAGAAAAUGUAGUUUACAAGAAUAAAGUGAGUUUUGGUUUUUUUUUAAAGAUAGGAUACGGAACUUAAAUUUUAAGAUUUUGAUGACAACGUUCCAGUCCUCUGAAAUAAUCAGGAAACUUCCUUGAACGGUAUUUGGAAAUGAAAUUUGACUACUAUGUGUGUUAUCUUUUGAUUCAUCAGAUGGUUCCCCAAGUUGUCUGCACCUUAGGGUCUCUUGAAGAUCUUCAAAAAAAUUUGCAAAGCCCAGGCCUUAUCCCAAACCAAUUAAAUCACCAUCACUGGUGAUGGGUCACAGGCAUUAGUUUGUGGAGCUCCCCAGGUAAUUCCGAUGUGCAGAAAAGAUUAUUGGAUUGGCCACAGGAAAGUCAAACACGCUGUGGGGCUAGAGCCAACUUUUUCCCAGUAAGUCUAGCUCAGUGUUUUCCAAAUGUUAGCUCCCUUGAGAAUCACUUGGAAGGCUUGCUAAAACCCAGAUUGCUGGGUUUCACCUCCUUAUUUUCUGAUUCAGUGGGUCUUAGGUGGGGCCCCCAAAUUUGCAAUCCUAACAAGUUCCUAGGUUAUGCUGAUAUUGCUGUGGUCCAGGAUCCAUACUUUGAGAACCACUGGUUUAGCUGGAUUCUAGUACUUCUCUCUUCGUUUGGCCAUCUGAAAACUCCCACUCACUAACCAGCAAAAAAGAAAAG